AUGGUCGUCAGCGCCAGAAUCCGGCCUUGGCUGGACGAGGACCGCGCCGCCGGGUUCCCCAACGCCAUGUUCCCGCGUUCGCAGGAGCAAGGUGUUGUCGAUAUACAUGAUCUAUACAAUCACCCUCGAGGUAGACCAGUGCUCAAGUCAUACAACUAUCAAGUAGACAGGCUCUUCGAUGGCAGCACCACAACAGAGGCCAUCUACGAAGAGCUGGUGACGGAUCUCAUCCCGUUCGCCCGCGACGGCGGCACCGCCACGCUCUUUGCGUACGGGCAGACUGGGUCUGGCAAGACGUACACGAUCAGCCGGCUCGAGCAGCUCGCCAUUGAGGCGCUCAUGGCUAGCGAUGGCCCCGAUGCCCCAGGUCCCCAUCGCGAGAUCUCUGUGACAGUCAUAGAACUAGCCGGGAACGCCGUCUUCGACCUGCUCAGCGCCGAGCGCAAGCCCGUCGCCGUGCGGGAUGAUGCCUCGGGGGUAACCCAGCUCGUCGGCGCCACGGAGCACACAGUCACCAGCAAGGAAGAGGUGCUCGCACUGGUCGAGCAAGCUGCCUCGUUCCGGCGGUCGGCGCCGACGUUCAAGAAUGCCGCAAGCUCAAGGUCGCACGCCAUCUGCCGGAUCCGGAUCAAGCAGCCCCAGGAGCAAGCAUCUCAGGGGAAUGCCGAGGAUAAUGAAAGCAGCGGCAGCGCCAAAAAUGAUGGGUUCCUGUACUUGAUUGACCUCGCAGGAUCUGAGGCGGCCCGGGACGUGGCGGUGCACGGGGCCGACCGGAUGCGCGAGGCGCGCGAGAUUAACAUGAGCCUGUCCGUGCUGAAGGACUGCAUACGGGGAAAGGCAGAGGCGGACGCUGCUAGUGCUGCUGCUGCUCGCCUGGCCAGCAGUUCCAACGGGGCCAACCCCAACGGCAAGAAAACACCCAGCACAGGCCCGAGGAUCCCCUUCCGCCAGGCCGCGCUGACCCGGAUCCUGAAGCACGUCUUCGACCCAGCCACCACACUUGGGCAGACAAGAGGGCCGUCCUGCAAGACGGUCGUGAUUGCGUGCGUGAACCCAAGCCUUGCAGACGUCGGUGCGAGCAAGAACACGCUGCGAUACGCAGAGCUGCUGCGAGUCACGGUUCCAUCGUCUCAAGACGCCGUCGGUGCUGAUUCUCCUACCAUGCCCGCAGCUACCCCCGGCAUUGUUGGCACAAAGGUUCCUCGGGCUGGACCCCCAGCUACUAAGAAGGACACCGGUUCUACGGCAGCAAAAGCACGCAAUACGCGGAACCCGAAGACUUGGGACAAUGCGAAGCUCAAGGAGUGGAUCGGGCGCAAGGUGAGACAAGAAACUCUACUUCCAUGCUCGUCAACGCGUGUGCCCCCUCCUUCCCUUGACCCCUCACGUCCCUGCCGUUCGCCUGUACCUCCUCCUAUUCCCCUCUGGCUGUCCUUGAGCUAG